CAGUGUUUUCAUAAACACUUCAUCAUACAAUUUAUCGUUUUAGUAUUCAAGCUGUUUCACUUUUUCACUAUAUAAACUAUCAUUUGAAGCACUUUCUGACAGUACAGUUCUCACGAAAGCAGCAAGUGUCUGGAGAUCCGACAGAAGAAAUGGAGAUGAAGAUGUUUGUUUUACUGCUCAGUGUUUGCGUUCUGGGAAUGACCAAUUCUGCAUCUGGUGCAGAAUGGUUAAGAUACAAUAAACACUGGUAUUAUCAUUCUUCUCUAAAACUGAAUUGGAUGGGAGCCCAGUUGUACUGCCGACGUCAGGGUGGAAAUUUGGUGCACAUUGACAAUGCAGGAGAGAAUGAUUGGUUAUCUUCAAAGUACACCACAGGAUCCAUAUGGAUUGGAUAUACUGACCAACAUGCGGAAGGUCAGUGGAGUUCAGUAACUACUGGAGAGAGAGUGUCGUACACCAACUGGUCAAGAAACAAUCCGAACAAUUACAAAGGAAAUCAAAAUUGCGGAACGCUGAACUGGGGAGGUAACGGCCGCUGGGACGACAAUUCCUGCUCUACGAAACUCACCUUCAUCUGUGAAGUUUCAGGUUACUAAUACAGAAUAGAGGGAUGCCAUGUAGCCAUUUGGCAAUGCCUGUGUAUAAUAAAAAUAUUCAUUGUAA